AUGGAUACCGCUAGCUCGUCCACCAUAAACGGCCGCCACCAACCUGCCUCCAACACCCCCAUCCUCGUCCUCGAACCCAUCAACGAUACCUUUGCCCUAAAGUCGCUCGACCUACCAGACCAGGUCAAGGUCAAGAUUGGCCGCCAGACAGGCGUCACUACUGCCCCUCACCCCUCCAACGGAUACUUUGACUCCAAGGUCCUCAGUCGUGUCCACGCCGAGGUCUGGUCAGAAGCAGGAAAGGUCUAUAUCCGAGACCUCAAAUCCAGCAACGGCACCUUCCUCAACGGCAAGCGACUCUGUCAUGAGAACACCGAGAGCGAGUGCUUCGAGUUAAACCAGAAUGAUGGCCUCGAGUUUGGUAUUGACAUCAUGGACGAAAAUGGCGCGUUGCUCCACGAGAAGGUGUCUUGCAAGAUUUACAUCUCGAAAAUGUCCUAUCCCACGCCAGGGAGUUCUCCACAAGACUCGCACGCAAAGCUCAAACCGGUCUCGCCGUCUGCCUCGGGUGUCAACUCAAUCAAGACCAAUUCGACCCCGGCUCAUGGGGGUCAAAGUGACAACAUUGACCUCAUCAUUUCACGGCUACAGAGCGAGCUUACACGUUCACAGGAGACAUAUGCAGACUUGGGCUUUUUGAAGCAUGGACUAGGAGAGCUCGAAAAGGCGUUUGUUGUCAAUACGUCCGACAAGGAUCGACACCCGCCUACUACGACACUGACCAAUGGAUAUUCAACCUCCGCCAAUGGUCACACUUCUCAUCUCAAAGGCUCCCCGGCCGCCAUCGAAUAUGAGCGCAUCCUCAAGGAAAAGGACCUGGAACAUGCGGCUGAAAUAUCACGGAUGGCUGAUAGUUUGCGGCAAGCAAGGGCAGAGGCAGAAAGUCACAGGAUACAGCUGGGCCCACUCACGGCAGAGAACGAGUCUCUAUUCGAAAGUCUCGAUCAAAGUAACUCGGGACUUGCGGAGGCAAACUCCAAGAUGGGUCAUAUCAUGGCAAGCAUGGACGAGAUGACUGUACGACACAGGGCAGAGAUUGAGGAUCAACGGAGGCAUCAUGAAGUAGCAGUGGCAGAUCUGGAGUUGAUACACAAAAAAAAGAUUGACCAACUUGUACAAGAUGCAGAUUUGGAGCAGGAAGUCAUGGCGGCAAGGCACAAGGAGGAGCUAGCAGCAGUUCUCGACCGAAAUGAUGCUCUUCAGCAGCAACAAAAUUGUCGGGAUCUCGGGAGAGAGAUUCAGCAACUCAAGGAGGAAGUGCAAGAGUUACGACAGGCAGACCAAUCAAAGAAAAACGUCAUUGUGGAUCUGGAAAAAACGAACGCGGACCUGGAGAAGCGAUUGAAGGACACCAAAGUAGAGCUGGAGAAGUCAUUGCAACAAGAGUCGCACCUGCAGCAGAGGAACAACAAAAGCGAUCUCGAGUCCCUUACGCCAACAGUUCAAUCGUCCAGCAAAAACGUCAUCUUGGAAGAAUUAGGGGACAGGAGGGCAGGAAGCAGUUCAACUACCAGCACAAGUUCCAAUGCCUCGAUAUUGGCCACGGAUCCACCCAUCAAAACCACUGCGGCACAUUCUCUCGACGAGCAUUGCGAUUCCAGACAUGAGUUUUCCUGGACACAAUUCGUAUUCCCUAUGGCCAAGAAGAAUAACGCCUGCAUGGGCCAACCAUCGACGCUGCUUCUUUCAGGAGGAUUUAUGCUAGUCGGAUUGGGAGUGUAUGCACUGUGGCACAAGGCUGGCAUGCCGUUCGAUUAA